AGUUAAGUCUCCCAAAAUGGGUGCCAAGUUUAAAUUAGUUUUAUUACCAGUAAUUAUAUUAAGUUAUUUAGCUUUAAUUGAUGCGGACUCGUACAGUGUGGUCGUCGGUACCGAGGAGCAUGUAAAUUUAGUGGACGCAAAGUUCUUAAGUUUCACGAUAGACCCCAAGUAUCUGUUUUCUUCAAGUGAAAAAUAUAAUAGUAAAGAAUGCAUCUGCAUGGCGACCUCGCUCACGCCAGCGUACAUCCGGAUAGCAGGUCCGUCCACUUCGCGCAUGCGUUUCCGGAACUCCACCAUCGCCAUCGAGCAGGGCCCGCCCAGGAGACUCACCCUGAGCAAACUGUACAGCGAUGAAGACGAUUCCGAUUAUAGAACAAACUUAGCAGUAACACACAGCAAAUGGGAGAAGUUCGUCCACUGGGCCAAGAGCACUGGCUUCGAUCUGGUGUUCGCGCUCAACAAUCAUGAUAAGACAGCCGCCGGCAUGUGGGAUCCCAACACUACGCUGAACAUCUUCACGGUGGCCGAUAAGGCAAACAUUGGACCAAUGUUCUGGCAGCUGGGAUACGAAUGCAAGAACCAAUCGAUAGAAGAAUACCUCAACGAUCUAGAAACUCUUCGUGUGAUCAUCGAGACCUUUCCAUCAGGCAAGGCUGGCGGGUGGCAGGUGGUGGGCGGUGAUGUGACACAUUGCUUGCAGGCGGACUCCAAGAGCGACUUCAAAGACUACAUCACUCUGUCCAACGAUAUGAUGGACGCUAUACUCCUUAAUGGUAACUCAUCAUCCCAGGAGCUAGAACGUCUGUCAGAGAAGGACCGCUACAAGCUGCUCAAGCUGCUCAGCACCAGCGACACCCCACUUUGGUUGACGGAGCACAACUACCUGACCAGUGAGCUCGAGCGCGCUGCCGAUUGGAUGACCAGCCUAGGGUACUCUGCGAGAAACGGGUUCUCUGUGCAUUAUCGGGAACUGAAGGAGAAUGAACUUUACGAACCUACUUUGAGCUUCUACAUGGCCCUGCUCUUCAAGAAUCUGGUAGGAGAGAGAGUCCUCAACGUGGACAUAGAGGCGUCUCAAGCCAUACUCUUCGCGCACUGUACAUCGCUGCGCCGAAAACCGGUGCCCGGCGCUGUGACCUUCUAUGGAGCGAACAUGGACGACGAACCCGCGCGGUUCUCCAUCAAGAUGGCGAAGAAGGAGCUGGGUGGGGAUAUUAUGCAGUUCAUUUUAGGGCACGAUCGAAAUGGGAACAUAGUUGUAAACGGCCGAGCUAUGUACUACGAAGGUGAUAUUCGCCCUGUUGUUAAACGUGUCCGUCCGUACAAAACUCUUCUUAUUAAUCUCCCGCCAAAAUCUUUUGGAUUUUGGGUACUUGCCAACACUAAAGUUAAAGCUUGUUUCGAUACACAUAAUAGUGAGAAACCUGCCGCUAAUACUUCUGAUGAAAAUGAGGAAGACAAUUUUAUCAAAACUAAACGGUCUUUAAACAGAAAAGUAAGAGACGUUCAUGAUUUACCCUAUUCCGAAGUUUUACCUGACGAAAAUGUAGAGAUAAGAAAAAACAAUAAUGAUUUGAAAGAAGCAAUUGUAAAAAUAAAUAAAGAUUUAAAGGAAGCUUUAGGAAGAAUAUCAAAAACGAAUCAAACAAUUUCCAAACGAUCCACAUCUAAAGAUUUAGACCAAAAUACGACUAAACGUUCCAGGCGUCAAUCUUUCAGUGAAGAUGAUGAAAAACAAAAGAAACCAAAAAAAUACAAAUCAAAAUUACGACAAAGUUUUGAUAACGAUUCAUUCAAAAACAAACUACUUAGAAAACUCUCCAAAAUUACAAAAGAUCAUUUACCAAGAUCAAAUUAUAAAUCAAAAAGAUUGAGAGGUUUUAAAAGAAGUUACAGGGUUAAGUCAAAAAGAAAUUUAAAAGAUGAAAUAAUAUCUACAUCUCCAAAAAAAUAUACAAAAGUAGCCAAGUUGGAAAAUACUGAAGUACCAAUCAAAAAUAAAGAAACUAAGAAAGACAAUUCAGAUGAUAAUAAUUUGUUAAGAAAUCGUAGAAGCGUCAAUAACAAGAAUAAACUUAUAUAUGACGAAGAAGAGUCGUCAGAAAAUGAAAUAGAUGUGGAUGAUAAAGAAUCUUUUAAACUCGGAAAGAUUCUACACAAAUUAAAAAGAUUAAGCGAUUUACCUAAAGAAUUACAGGACAAAGAUAAUAACGAAUACGAUGAAGAAUCAAAUGAAGGGAUACUUUUAAAAACGAAAGUAACAGGCGACGGUGCUUUUAUUGAUAUCAGUGAGAAAUCUAAUUCUGGUGUCGUAAAAUCGACACUCCAAGAAAUUAUGACUUUGUUGGCUGAUUUCAAUAGAAAUAUCAAUAGGUUUUGGGCCGCAAUGACCCUGUUAGAGUGAGAGUAGAGAAUAUAUGCCAGGAUGCAUAUAUGCGUAGUGAAUAAACACCCACCAUUAGGCUCCCUUUAGUUCGUUUGCAAAUAGUUGGCAUACUAUGUUAUUUAAAUAAUGUUAAAAGAAUGAAUUUGGUUUUUAUAAAUAAAAUAAAAAAAUAAAUAUACUACGACAAUACACACAUCGCCAUCUAGUCCCAAAGU